GAGAGAGAGAGAGAGAGAGGGGGAGAGAGAGAGAGAUAUCUCCCUGGAAACCGCGUUUACUUCAAACUCUAGGAUUUUUGCAAAUGUGUGUUGAUUGGAUGCGCGUUGAAACUCAGACUGCAUGGAUUGGACUAACCGGAUUGAAGAGUUUUAAAGAUCAGUAGUGUGUGUGUGUGUGUGUGUGUCGGACGGUCUGUGUCUGGAGAGCUGGAUAUGACAGCAUCAUGUGUUGUAAUGACGGAAGGAAAAGUGCUACAUUGUUCCAGAUCUCGAGAUGGUAACUAACCUGGAGACAGGAGUGGACUUUACUCCAUAAACCUGCUGAGUCUGUAACACACACACACACACAGGAGCACGGACUCACCCACGCGCAAAAGUGAAGGCUCUGUGCGGCAUGGCGCGCUGGGUAAGCUGCCUCUUUCUGGGUUAUCUCACAUGGCACUUGUGCGUGCCCGGUGCACGGGGAGAGUACUGUCACGGCUGGCUGGACACCAGCGGGAACUACCAUGAAGGCUUCCAGUGUCCGGAGCACUUGGACACGGCGGAUGCGGCAGUGUGUUGCGGGAAUUGCGCGCUCCGGUACUGCUGUGCCGCCACGGACGCGCGCCUGGACCAGGGCAGCUGCACCAACCACCGGGACAGCGAGCACACAGAAUACACACCACAACCUAUCUACAUGCCGUUCCUGAUGGUCGGCUCCAUUUUUGUGGCGUUCGUGGUCAUUGGCUCACUGGUAGCCGUGUACUGUUGUACAUGUUUACGGCCCAAACAGCAGACGCAGCAGCCGAUCCGCUUUUCCCUGCGUAGCUGCCAAGGCGAGACCAUCCCCAUGAUCCUGACUGCAGGGACGGCACCCAGCAACCUGCGUGCACCGUCGCGCCAAUCCAGCACGGCUACCACCAGCUCCAGCAGUGCUGGCGGGGGCAGCUCACUGCGCCGCUUCUCUCUGGGCAGAUCUGAUGCUCUGGGACUCCAGCAGCCCCCGCAACAGCUCCUGCUGGCCUCGGCCUCGUCCAUUUCCACCCCGGUGUCUCUGGCACCAGCUCAGUCCUUACUGCCUCCUCCACCUCCACCUCCAUACUCAUCUCCACAGUGCCUGCAGGGCAGCGUUUCUUACGUGCACACACACCAACACGGCCACCAUCAGAACCUCCACACGGCCCAGAGCUCUAACCUCCUGCUGUCCCAGCAGUACUUCUUCCCCUUGCAGUCAGAGCCGUUUGGUGGGAGCAGUAAAGGCUUUGCUGACUUCAGCCAGUGCUGAUCUGGAGCUCAGGGAUCAGGAACAGGACACUGGAGCUGCUGUAAACUUGUGCGACGCCAUCUCUCAACCCUGAACUGGAAUACUAUAUGCAGUGAUGCUUCUUUUGGACCAAAAAAAAAAAAAAAUAAUAAUAAUUCACACACUAUGUUGUGUUGACACACUGAGUCGCAGAGAGUUUGGUUGAUGUUGAAGAGCUGCUGAAGCUGGCAGGAAUGAGACAGGCACAUAACUACAGAGGAAAGCACAAUACGUUUUAGCAGGAACUCAUGCUGGAGAAAGCACCUCUUAAUAAAUUAUAUUCAAUGUAUGCACUUUUUCAUUGUGUUUUUAUAAAUAUUUCUCUUCCUGGAUGUGUGAGAAAGCCAACUUGCAUGGGACACUCAAGGAAAUGAAGAAGACAGACGUUUAGAAGAAUUAUUCCGGACUACUCGGUUAUCAAUCACUGAAAAAACGAUGCAGACCAGGGAUUCAAAUCAUCUUUUUGACAAUCACAGAAACGAUUAAGGUUUACGAGAUAAAGAGUGCCGAGCGUGUACAUGUCUGGGCGUGUGUUCCAUAGAAUAUCUUCAAAGAGAUAUAUAAAGCUAUGAAGAAGGUCCCUGAACAAGUGAAGCUGAUAGUCGACAUGUUUUGCUCGUGUUGAAAUGUACAUUUUAAUUUACAGCACGUUAUAUUUGCUCAGUGAAAGAAUAGCUACUAACAUUGAGCCAUAUUUCUUAACAUUCCUCACUCCUCUCUCAAGUACAACAGAGUAAGACAGCUACCUCUGGGACCGUUUUUCUUUUCAACUGUUUGUUUUUCCAUGAUCUGGUCUUGGUUUUGUAUUUCAUUUAGCAUAUUUCAUAGAAAGCUGAAUAAUUGCCCAUAAUCGGCCUGGUUUCUGGUUACAUUAACAGCUACGCACACUGCUAGAUUUGUGGUGAGCGCAAUACUCUGAGCACUCACGUUACUGAAAUAUUGGACCAACUGGAUCUGGAGCAGCACAAUGAGCUGGACAACAGUCGUGUACAAGAGCUGUGUUAAUGCUCCAUUUUGCUGUUUUUUUUUUUUUUUGUUUUUUUCUCAUUACAAAAA